GGCUCAAAGACUCAAACCCCUUCUCUAGGGUUUAACAACUCAUUUCAAAUCAAUCUUUUACAAUAAGAUCAAAAUCAAAUUCAAGAGCAUUCCUGCAAUCUUGUUUUAGUUAAUCUGUGGGAGGCUGGGAGCUAUGGAAGAUGAAAGAGAGGCGCUGACACUCGUGGCAAGAAAGCCCAGUUUCUCGCUGCCCACUGCUUGCCCCAAUUGUCUCCCUGCUUACAUUUAUCUUAAAUUUGCCAACAUCCCAUUCACUUUGGAAUUCAAUCUCAUUCAUCCUGAUUCUGAUCAGAUACCAUUUGUGGAGUCUGGUGAUUAUGUUGCUUGUAACAAUGAGAACGGUGGGGUCCUUCAGAAAUUAAAGGAAGAUGCCAUUGUUGACUUGGAUGCUGAGGUCAGUGGUAUACCUGAAUGGGUAUCAUUUAAGGCGAUGGUUGAGUCAUGGCUUGCUGAUGCAGUCUUGUAUGAACUAUGGGUGGGUUCCGAUGGCAUGUCAGCUCACAAGAUUUAUUACUCUGAUCUCCCUUGGCCAAUAGGAAAGAUUUUGUACUAUAAGCAAGUCUAUGCAGUGAAACAACUACUUGGGAUAACAUCAGAGAAUGCACAAAGGAGGGAAGAAGAGAUAUAUAGAAGAGUGACUUUGGCAUAUAGUGCUUUGGCAGCUAGAUUGGGGGAACAUACAUUUUUCUUCGAAGAAAGGCCAACAAGUUUGGAUGCAGUUUUUCUUGGGCAUGCUCUGUUUACUCUUCUUGCUUUACCUGAAACAUCUGUUCUAAGAAGCAAGCUUUUGGGUCAUGCUAAUCUUGUGAAGUAUGCUGAGAAUCAUAAACUGGAGUAUAUAGAUGCCAGUUCAUCAUCUUCAUCAGUUCCUCGGUCAGAUCCCUCAUCAUCUGCUUCAAAACGAGGUCCUUCACAUUGGAGUUCAAAGCCAAAGAACAAACCUAGUAGGGAGAAGGCAGAGGAAGAGAAGAAGUUCAAGAGACGUGCUAAAUACUUUCUAGCUACUCAGCUUGUUGCUAUUCUGGUUUUCCUUUCCGUUCUUGGUGGAUCUAAUGAUGCUGAGGUGGAGCUUGGUGAUGAUUAUGAGUAGGAAUAUACCACUCCGAUAGAGAUUUGUUCGUCUCCAAUGGUCGAUUUUUUCGUGUUUCCUAGUUAGAAUUGGACUUGCUAGGGUUUGAGAAAAUAAAUUGGGCAUAUAAGCAAGUCAUCGGAUUUUUAUUUUCUGACA